CAGGCAACCAAGCAGUUCCUGGAGGAGAUCAACAAGUGGACAGGCCAGUACAAUGUGUCCCCGCUCUCCUGGAAUGUGGCUGUCAAGUUCCUCAUGGCCCGCAAGUUCGACGUCCUGCGGGCCAUCGAGCUCUUCCACUCCUACCGGGAGACGCGGCUGAAGGAGGGAAUUGUGAAGCUGAAGCCCCACGAGGAGCCGCUGCGUUCGGAGCUGCUCAGUGGGAAGUUCACCAUUCUGAGCGUGCGGGACCCCUCAGGAGCCUCCAUCGCCCUGUUCACAGCCAAGCUGCACCACCCCAGCAAGAGUGUGCAGCACGUGGUGCUCCAGGCACUCUUCUACCUGCUGGACCGAGCUGUGGAGAGCUUUGAGACACAAAGGAACGGGCUGGUGUUCAUCUACGACAUGGCAGGGUCACAGUACACCAACUUCGAGCUGGACCUCAGCAAGAAGAUCCUCAAUCUCCUCAAGGGUGCCUUCCCAGCUCGGCUCAAGAAGGUUUUCAUCGUGGGAGCACCCAUGUGGUUCCGCGUGCCCUACUCCAUCAUCAGCCUGCUGCUGAAGGAGAAGCUGCGGGAGCGGGUGCAGAUGGUGAAGAUGUCAGAGCUGAAAGAACACCUGCCCCGGGAAUGCCUCCCUGAGUACCUCGGAGGGUCCCUCAAGCUGGACCCUCUGAGCUGGAAUUGCCGGUUCCUGCCCCAGCAGAACGGGCACCCUGAUCCCCUGGAUGAGCUCAUCCUGGUGCCGCUGGCAGCCCCCAAAGAUAAUGGCUCUGUCCAUGUCCCCGGGCCCAAGUCCAUCACCCUUCAAGAGCUGCUGGAUCAUGUUAGCCACAAGCAGAAACGCGGCAUCUACGAGGAGUACGAAGACAUUCGGCGCAGGAGCCCGGCCGGCACCUUCGUCUGCUCUUUGGCACCCUACAACCAGGACAAGAACCGGUACGGGGACGUGCCCUGUCUGGACCAAACCCGGGUCAAGCUGGCAAAGCCUUACAGCCGCCCGGAGCUGACUGACUACAUCAAUGCGAGCUUCAUGGAUGGCUACAAGCAGAGGAAUGCUUACAUUGGCACUCAGGGGCCUCUGGAAAACACCUACGGUGACUUCUGGCGCAUGGUGUGGGAGCAGAACGUCCUGGUGAUCGUGAUGACAACCCGGCUGGAGGAAGGAGGCAGGAGGAAGUGUGGCCAGUACUGGCCCCUGGAAAAGGAUUUUCAGGUGUGCUUUGGGGCCCUGACUAUCACCAACCUGGGUGUAGAGAACCUCAACCAUUACAAGAAAACCAUCCUGGAGAUCCACAGCUCAGAGACCAGGGAGCGGCGGCUGGUGUCCCACUUCCAGUACCUGAGCUGGCCAGAUUAUGGAGUCCCCUCUUCUGCUGCCACUCUGAUUGACUUUCUGGGGGCCGUGAAGCAGCAGCAGAGAGUGGCUGUCAGUGCCCUGGGACCUCGCUUCAAGGGUCACCCCGGAGGACCCCCGGUCGUGGUGCACUGCAGCGCUGGCAUUGGCAGGACAGGUACCUUCUGCGCGCUGGACAUCUGCCUGUCACAGCUGCAGGAUGUGGGCACUCUGAACAUCUACCAGACGGUGCUGCGCAUGCGGAGCCAGCGCGCCUUCAGCAUCCAGACCCCCGAGCAGUACUACUUCUGCUACACCGCCAUCCUCGAGCACGCCCAGCGCGAGGGCCUGCUGCUCGCCAACCACAGCCGGGCCGCCCAGGAGAAGAGCUCGCCAGGGUACUGAGAACCUCCACCUCCCUGCAGACGCUGCUGCCCAUCCUCAAGGGCUGCCCGAGCCGCCUCGGUGCCCGCCGGGACUCAGCAGAGCCGUGGGGGCGGCGGUGCCGGAGCACCUCAGCUGUCAGCACUGCUAUGGAACUGUGCCUUAUUCAACCCAAACGGUGGCUGGCAUGGGAAGGGGCUUUCACUGCUCCCCGUCGUGUUUCGGUUGGGUUUGGUUGGCUGGGGAGGUGGUUUGUCUUCUCUUCAAGUUGUUGGGGUUUUUUUGUUUUUUGGUUUUUUUUUGUUUUGUUUGUUUUUGGGGGUUUUUUUGUUGUUGUUGGGACCACCUGAGAUGUACCUAGAGAGGGGCUUUGCAAAGUCCUAGGAAAUGUAUUCCCAGUAGUGCAGCUGAGGAAGAGGCACCUGCUUCGGUCUCACCUGACGCUCCAUCUGUGUGUCUGUAUGUAUGUGUGUAUAUAAUAUACCCCCGCUGUGACCCCCGGCUAUUAUAUAGAUACAUAUAUACAACUUACCCUUUAGCAGCUCCCAGGGGUUCCCGCUGUCCUGCCACCUCACUGCUGUGAUCUCUGGAGCGGUGAGUUUGGUCCUGGCUCUGUCUUGUCUUCCCCCUUCUCCUUAUUUUCCCUCAUGGGCAGCGUUGGGACCCGGUACCCACUCCUGUGCUGAUCCCGCUGGAAGCACAAGGAUACUUGAUGGUGUCCCCCCUGUUCCUUUGUCUCAUCUUCCCCACGGAGAGAGAUAGCAGCUGUGCUCCUAGGAGGAUCUGGAGGAUUGGGUUGUCUGGAGGGUGCUGAGCUUGCAGGCAUCCCCUGGCCCUUGGGCACCGCUGUGGGAGUCACUAGGUACGAGGUGACGGGGCCAUGGGGACCGACCGGCUCUCCAGGUUGUCUGGCUUUCCCAAGCUGCCACUGGGAACCCGCAGGCCCAGCCCUGCAUUGAGUCAUAGGCUGGGAAAGCGCUGAGCAAGAAUAAACCCCAAACCUGGAGAGACAACGAGCCUCUGCCCCGGCCCCAGCCCCCACCACUGCCUGGGCCUCCCCAGCUUUAUACUGUAAUAAGCUCUUUGAAUGUGUAUAUUCUUAUUUUUUUAUAAUCUUGGGGGUGGGAGGCACAGGGUUUGGGAGGUUUUGUUUUGUUUUCUUUUUGGGUAUUUUUUUGUGUUUGUUUAUUUUUUUGUAUUUAACAUUAACUUGAUUCAAGCCAGAGCCAGAAGUAUUUGUAAAUGUUCCUAUUUUGCUCUCAGAGAAACCUUUUUGUUGUCGUUACUUUUUUGGGAGUUGUUUUGUUUUUAUUUGUAUUGAUAUAUAAAUAUACCACCAGUGACCAGU